AAUUAAUUCUUUUUUACUUAAUUAUUGAAUUACGCAAAUAUAUUUUUAUGAUUAAACAAAAGAAACUUGAAUAUACAAUAGCAAGCAAAUGUUAACACCUAUAAUGCUCACUUAUAUAUGAGACUUUUUUUUACCUACGUCUUAAUUUACUUUUAGUUAAUCGUUUGCGUACAAUGAGCGCUCAAAUAAUUCCUGCACAGCAAUAGUCUUUUUCUGUCAUCCGGCUUGAGGUAAAUUUAGUUUCACCGGCUUCAAUGUUCUCGCAGUACACGUUCAACCAUGGCUUAUUCAGUUACCGUCUAAGGUCAACUUUUGAAUAUCGUAAUCUAUAAAAUAAUUACUGUGUUUAUAUAAAAUACAUAUACAUCUUGCAAUAGUUUUAAUUACACCAAACAUAAAAAUACAGAUUUCAAGUUUCACAAUCAGUGAUAAAUAUAUAAAAGGUUGAACAUCACAUGAAUAAAAGUCACGAAUAAGUUGUUAAAGAAGGAAGGAAUUUAAAAUUUUCUUUAUUAUUUGUUAUUAAUUAAGGUUUAGAUCAUUAUAUAUUAUGUUACAUACGUAUAUGUGUUAUGCGUUGUACUCAUAAAGUUAAGUGACAAAUCUAAGUUAUAAGAAAAAAAGGGAGAUUCGGUCUAAUAUUUUCGAAAUAUAUUAUACAUAUAAAACAGUAUUUUAAGGAUUAUAUCCACAAAAAAUGGAGAUAGCAAAGGAACUUGUAUUGACCCUCAAGCAAAAUAAUAAAUCGCAUGUUGGAUAUGGAUUGCAAAAGGAAUGCGAAGCUCUCGUUGGGCACAUCUUGCAAAAUAUGGUCAAAUCCCAGAUGCCUCCUCUGUACGCUGUAAAGAAAAACGAGGAAGAUUCUAUUAGAUACAGAGAAGAAGGUAAUCAACACUUUGUGAUGGGUGACGAUCUGGAAGCUAUCGAAUGUUACACCCUGAGCUUGGCGUACGCCGAUAGCGAUCAACUCAUGGCAUACGCACAUGCGAACCGAUCUGCCGCUUUGUAUAGGAAACAAUUGUAUAAGGAAUGUCUAAUAGAUAUUGAAGCAGCUUUGUCUCACGGAUAUCCAAAGGAGAAACAGAGAAACUUGAAGGACAGAGGGGAUAAAGCGAUAACGGAGAUUAAAGAAAUGUUGCGACUGGAGGAUACCGAUUAUCAGAAAAUUACGAAUGAAUCGUAUUUAUGCGACAGUAUCGAGAGAUCUGUUCCAAAUCCAGAAGAUCUCGCGGAGUACGCAGGGAACGGGGCAGCGGUGGGAAACGAUCAAGGAAUCCCAAAGAAACAAGGUGCGACAAGUAACGAAAGUUAUGCUCAUUAUGCAACAAAGGUCCCUCCGCGAAAGCCGAGGUAUUUGCAGGCGGAGGAUUUCUCCAAGUUAACGUACGGCCCGAACCGCCAAGUUCCCGCUGUCAGUGACGGCGUCGCGAUAUCCUUCUCUGGGAGAUACGGCAGACACUACAUAGCGACACGGGAAUUUAAACCUGGCGAUAUAGUCAGUAUCGAAGAUCCGUAUGCACAUGUUAUUUACGAAGAACGAUAUUACACACAUUGCCACUAUUGUCUAUCUAGAAGCUACAAUCUAAUACCGUGCUCAGAAUGCCCGAUAGCUCAGUAUUGCUCCGAGAAUUGCAGGAAGCUGGCGUGGGAAAUGUGCCACGAGACGGAAUGUCCAAUUCUGAAGCUGCUGACGAACUUGCUCAAUGUGGACAAAGAUAAAAUAAGAAUGAUUUCGAAAAUCAUUCGAUUGCUGAUUGUAGUGACCGAGAAUGGAACCAAAAUUAAGGAACUGCAACAAGAUAUGAAAACUGCGGAAUCUAAUUCAGACAAUAGAACGGCGGGAUUUACAGAUACUGGGAUAUUAGACAGCUUUAGCGCCCGGUCCGCACUGAGCCUGGCGACCAAUAUGACUACGAGGCCGCUGAUCGGAAUCAGCGCGUUCGCCUGUAUCUCGGCCCUCGCGGUAAUUCUUCUAGCCACGCAGACAAAAUUUUUUUCUAAGAGAUACGAGAUUGACGAUUUGAAGGACAUCAGUGAAUUUUCUGAGAUCAAAUUUUGCGCCAGUAUAAUGUUUCGUGCUUGCGUGAUAAUGUCUUCUAACUGCUUUUCAAUACAACAAGAACCAGGAAUUGUGUCGGGUUCAGGUUUAUAUGUGGCUCACAGUCUGUACAAUCACUCUUGCGCACCGAAUACUUUUCGACAUUUCGAGGGCCUGACAAUGAUCACGCGUGCCUUGACACCCAUACAUCCCGGAGAUCAAAUAUUUACAAGUUACGGCGGUAUUUACGCGUACAUGUCACGAUCCGAGAGAAAGCAAAAGAUACUGCAGGAUUACUUUCUCGAUUGCGAUUGUCCAGCGUGCGAGAAUGACUGGCCGACGUAUAACGAGAUCCUGCGAGAUCAUAUUGGCUCUAUCUCCAAGAAUAAACAACUCGUGGAAAAACUGAGGCCUUUCAGGGAGAGAUUACUCGCAAAUAUGUACGACAUCGAGGCGGUGAAAGCCGUUCUCGAUUUAUUAUACAGGGAAGUUAAUAAACAUCCAUGCGAGGAAAUACUCCAUGCGGAGCAAUAUUUAAAGAGCUACUAUUUGGAUCCAUGAAUUGUCAAGAAAUAUUGAUGUGGUAGGAGCAUGGAAUAUAUACAAAAACAAAUUUAAAAUCAGAUUUUAAAACUUUAAUAACUAUUAUAAACAUUAGACGACAUUUAGGUAAAAUAAAGUUACCUUAUUUAUAUCAUUUUUAAAAUAUAACCGAUAGCCUAUCAUAACAUCCUAGAGUGUCAAACGCAUAGAAGGAAUUAUAUUUAUGAAGAUUUAAGGAAAGUGAAAAGAUCUAGGAAAAUAAACAAUACAGCACGAUUUGAAAUAGAAAAUACAUUAAGAAUUACUUAUAUAUUUCAUUGUAAUAGGCAUUUAAUAUAUGACGUGUUACAAUCGGUAUUUAACAGUGUUGGAUAGGAAAAAGUUUCAGGGGCAGUGUUUCAAUUUCACAUUCUCUGUGUACACUAUACAUUACUUUAUCAAAGUAAAAAACAAUUUACAAUGUUAUGAAUGCGCGUAUCUCAGCAAGCUCGGCGUUGAUUCGAUAAAAUCAGUAUUAUUAAUAGCACUUUACACUUAGCGAUUAAAAAUUAAAAUCCAUUUCAACACGUAGAUACACCUUUUUUUUUCUUUUCUCAAACAUAGACACACACAUGUGCGACACAUGACAAUACAUUAUGCUUUAAAGAUUACAAUUAACUCAAUAUACAUUCGUCAAUAAAAUGCCAAUAAAAAGAAGUUUUAAAGGAUGUUGAAAUACUUAUCUACAAAGAUUAAAACUUAUCUAAAGAUAAUCAAUGUUAUCAUCAGUAUAUAUUUAAAAUUAAAAUUUAUCAUCAAUUAAAAUUUUGAUCAUUUGAUAUUAUCUAUGUAAAGGAAAGCAAAUUAAUAAGCAAAAAUGCGAUCGAAGGGCACAUUUCCAUCAGUCUGUUGCACUUCGGAUUUGUUUUUGUACAAUAUCGUAAGAGUACAUUAUCGGCGCAUGUGUGUGGUUAAGAAAAACUGCAGUUUGCGGAAUAUGAAUUAUUCCCAAGACAAAUCCUACUGAGAUCAAAAUUAUAAGAAAAUAUUAUAUUCAAUAAAAUCGGUCUACUCUCGUGAAAAGACAA